CGUCACUUCCGAUCUCAACAGGAAGUGAGGUCAACCCGGAGGCUUUCCCGGGAGUUCAGCGUUUGCCGCAGGUGAAGUCGUCUUCCUGGACGGGCACUGUCCCUGUCCCUGUCCCUGUCCAGGGCUGCUGCAAAGGCCCUGGGAUCCGGGGACUCGAACCCGCGGGGGCCCAGGGCGGCAGGGGAGGAGCCGGCAGCGAGGCUGCUGGGUGUCCGGAGUCCCGAGUGUGUUUGCUCUCCCAGUUGUUCACCCCCAGCUCUAGAUCUCGGACGUGUCUGCGCUCCUGCCCCAACUACCCCGGUCCCGUGUCUGAAAGAAGACCCCUCACAGAAAACAUUCUCCUGGCCGGCUUCCGUUCACGCCCAAGCCCCUCGGAGCUCUGCCAAGACCUCCCUGGGAUCUUUCAGCGACUUUUGAGUUGCCAGAGGCCUGGGGUGUUCUGUGUUAAGCUGCUGUCCCAGAGGUGCUGGGCAUUAUGGGAAAUCAGCUGGCUGGCAUCGCUCCUUCCCAGAUCCUGUCUGUAGAGAGUUAUUUCUCAGACAUCCAUGACUUUGAGUAUGAUAAGAGCCUGGGAAGCACUCGGUUUUUUAAAGUCGCUCGAGCCAAGCACCGGGAAGGCCUGGUGGUUGUGAAGGUCUUUGCAAUUCAGGAUCCCACGUUACCCUUAACUAGUUAUAAACAGGAGCUGGAGGAACUGAAAAUCAGGCUCCACUCCGCCCAGAACUGCCUCCCCUUCCAGAAAGCAGCAGAAAAGGCGUCUGAGAAAGCAGCCAUGCUGUUCCGGCAGUAUGUGAGAGACAACCUCUACGAUCGCAUCAGUACCCGCCCGUUCCUAAACAACAUCGAGAAGCGCUGGAUCGCCUUCCAGAUCCUGACGGCCGUGGACCAAGCGCACAAAUCUGGAGUCCGCCACGGAGACAUCAAGACAGAGAAUGUGAUGGUCACCAGUUGGAACUGGGUCCUCCUAACCGACUUCGCCAGUUUUAAGCCCACGUAUCUUCCCGAGGACAACCCAGCGGAUUUCAACUAUUUCUUUGACACCUCGAGAAGGAGGACAUGCUACAUAGCUCCCGAGCGCUUCGUUGACGGUGGGAUGUUCGCCACCGAGUUAGAGUACAUGAGAGACCCCUCAACCCCGCUUGUCGACCUGAAUAGCAAUCAGAGAGCGCGGGGAGAGCUGAAGAGAGCCAUGGACAUCUUUUCGGCAGGUUGCGUGAUAGCUGAGCUCUUUACGGAAGGCGUACCUUUGUUUGAUCUCUCUCAGCUGCUGGCGUAUAGAAACGGACAUUUUUUCCCUGAACAAGUGCUAAACAAAAUUGAAGAUCGCAGUAUCAGAGACUUGGUAACUCAGAUGAUUAACCGUGAGCCCGAGAAGCGUUUGGAAGCUGAGGACUACCUGAAGCAGCAGCGAGGCAACGCCUUCCCUGAGAUAUUUUAUACUUUCCUUCAGCCUUACAUGGCCCAGUUCGCCAAGGAAACCUUUCUCUCUGCAGAUGAGCGGAUUUUGGUUAUACGGAAAGAUUUGGGCAACAUUAUUCACAACCUCUGUGGACAUGAUUUGCCAGAAAAAGCAGAAGGGGAGUCCAGGGCCAGUGGUCUGGUUGUCCUGGUGUCCGUGAUAACGUCCUGCCUGCAGACACUGAAGUCCUGCGACUCCAAACUGGCCGCCUUGGAGCUCAUCCUGCAUCUGGCCCCCAGACUGAGCGUCGAGAUCCUUCUGGAUCGCAUCACUCCCUACCUGUUGCAUUUCAGCAAUGACUCUGUCCCAAGAGUGCGGGCUGAAGCCCUGAGGACACUCACCAAAGUCCUUGCCCUUGUCCAAGAGGUUCCUCGCAACGAUGUCAAUAUCUAUCCAGAGUAUAUUCUCCCCGGCAUAGCCCACCUGGCCCAGGAUGACGCUACCAUCGUCAGACUGGCCUACGCUGAAAACAUAGCUCUGUUGGCCGAGACGGCUCUGCGAUUCCUGGAGCUUGUGCAGCUGAAAACUCUCAACAUGGAGAACGAGCCCGAUAACGAGGAGGUAGAUGAAGCCACGCGUCCUAACGGAGACUAUGACACAGAGCUCCAGGCCUUGCAUGAGAUGGUCCAGCAGAAGGUGGUCACGUUGCUAAGCGACCCUGAGAAUAUCGUGAAACAGACGCUGAUGGAGAGUGGGAUCACACGCUUGUGCGUCUUCUUCGGACGCCAGAAGGCCAACGACGUUCUCUUGUCCCACAUGAUCACUUUCCUCAAUGAUAAGAAUGAUUGGCACCUGCGUGGAGCUUUCUUUGAUAGCAUAGUCGGUGUGGCUGCCUACGUUGGCUGGCAGAGCUCCUCUAUCCUCAAGCCCCUGCUCCAGCAAGGCCUCAGCGAUGCUGAGGAGUUUGUCAUCGUGAAAGCUCUCAAUGCCCUGACCUGCAUGUGCCAGCUAGGGCUGCUGCAGAAACCCCAUGUCUACGAGUUCGCCAGUGAUAUUGCUCCCUUCCUGUGUCACCCUAACCUGUGGAUACGCUAUGGCGCUGUGGGAUUUAUCACGGUGGUAGCUCAUCAGAUCAGUACUGCUGAUGUCUACUGCAAGCUCAUGCCGUAUCUUGACCCGUAUAUUACACAGCCAGUGAUACAGAUUGAGAGGAAGCUGGUCCUGCUCAGUGUGCUAAAGGAGCCGGUGAGCCGCUCCAUAUUUGACUAUGCUCUGAGGUCGAAAGACAUCGCCAGCUUGUUCAGACAUCUCCACAUGCGCCAGAAGAAGCGAAAUGGCUCUCUUCUCGACUGCCCUCCACCUGAGGACCCCACCAUAGCGCAACUUCUGAAGAAGUUGCUCUCACAGGUGUGCGCCUUCCUCAAGCCUCAGGGGAUGACUGAAGAAGAGGAAGAUAAACUUCUGGCACUGAAGGACUUCAUGAUGAAAUCAAAUCGAGCCAAAGCUAAUGCGGUAGACCAGAGCCACCUCCACGACAGCAGCCAGAAAGGUGUAAUCGACUUGGCCGCCUUAGGCAUCACUGGGAGACAAGUUGAUCUUGUUAAAACCAAACAAGAACCAGAUGAGAAACGUGCUAGGAAACAUGUGAAACAAGACUCCAAUGUAAAUGAAGAGUGGAAAAGCAUGUUUGGGUCAUUGGAGCCACCGAAUAUCCCACAGGCCCUGCCUAAAACCAGUGACCAUGAGGUUGUUCAGCCUGGGAAGCCACCUCGCUCUGAGUCCUCUGCUGGUAUCUGUGUCCCUUUGUCAACGUCUCCACAGGUCUCAGAAGCAGCUCACAUCCCAAGUAAGAAGCCUGUGAUCCCGGUUGUGAGUAGCACGGUCCUGCCGUCCACUUACCAGAUCCGCAUCACCACGUGCAAGACUGAACUUCAGCAGCUCAUACAGCAGAAGAGGGAGCAGUGCAACGCGGAGCGCAUAGCCAAGCAGAUGAUGGAGAAUGCCGAGUGGGAGAGCAAGCCACCUCCACCUGGGUGGCGUCCUAAAGGGCUGCUAGUUGCACAUCUUCAUGAGCACAAAUCUGCUGUGAAUCGCAUCAGAGUCUCUGAUGAACACUUACUUUUUGCAACAUGUUCAAAUGAUGGCACAGUGAAGAUCUGGAACAGCCAGAAGAUGGAGGGGAAGACCACCACAACGCGGUCUAUUCUCACGUACAGCCGAAUUGGAGGACGAGUCAAGACGCUAACGUUUUGCCAAGGCUCCCACUACUUGGCCAUAGCAUCUGAUAAUGGUGCUGUCCAGCUUCUUGGAAUUGAGGCGUCUAAGUUACCCAAGUCUCCUAAAAUUCACCCUCUACAAAGCAGGAUUCUGGAUCAGAAGGAAGAUGGCUGUGUGGUGGACAUGCAUCACUUCAACUCCGGGGCACAGUCCGUUCUUGCCUAUGCCACGGUGAAUGGCUCUCUGGUUGGAUGGGAUCUCAGGUCUUCAAGCAACGCGUGGACAUUAAAGCAUGACCUAAAGUCAGGCCUCAUCACUUCCUUUGCCGUGGACAUCCACCAGUGCUGGCUGUGCAUAGGCACGAGCAGCGGUGCCAUGGCGUGUUGGGACAUGAGGUUCCAGUUGCCCAUCUCCAGUCACUGUCAUCCCUCCAGAGCUCGCAUCCGGCGCCUCUCCAUGCACCCCCUGUACCAGUCCUGGGUAAUCGCAGCUGUUCAGGGCAACAAUGAAGUCUCCAUGUGGGACAUGGAAACUGGCGACAGGAGACUGACUCUCUGGGCCAGCAGCGCACCGCCACUGUCUGAAUUACAGCCUUCACCGCACAGCGUCCAUGGCAUCUACUGCAGCCCUGCAGAUGGAAACCCUAUCCUGCUGACCGCUGGCUCAGACAUGAAAAUAAGGUUCUGGGACUUGGUUUCCCCAGAGAGGUCCUAUGUUGUUGCGGGAAGUACAGGUUCCCCGUCUGUCUCCUACUACAAGAAGAUAAUAGAAGGCACCGAGGUCGUCCAGGAAAUUCAGAAUAAGCAGAAGGUUGGACCGAGUGAUGAUACCCCUCGGAGGGGCCCGGAGUCUCUGCCUGUGGGACAUCAUGACAUCAUCACAGACAUUGCCACCUUCCAGACCACUCAGGGCUUCAUUGUGACUGCUUCUAGAGACGGAAUUGUGAAGGUGUGGAAAUAAGUCCUGCCGACUUGUAUAAAAUGCUGUAAAAUUCGAAAUGUACCAUAGCUCAGGACACGAAGGACUUCUAGAGAACAAACGUGGGUUUUGAAGUGACUGUUACUGUUUCAUGGCUGAGCAAAUCCCAGCCACAGUGGGGAAGGAUGUAGGCAUGGUGACUUUCUUCAUGUGCAUCUCUGAAGAACUGGCCAGAUAGCACAACCUGGGAGCGCUUGCUGCAUAUGGAACAGAACAGGUGAGAAGUGUAAAAAGGGAAGAUGACCCGGCCAGUUUAUUUUCUAUGGAAAUGAUUGUAAGCCGUUAUGUAAACACACUUUUGUUAUUAUAAAUGCUAUUCAAACUCAAGUAAACUCUUAUUCAAGCAU